GCACCUUUACCUAAUAUUUUAUUUUUAUAGUUUAUUUGAGUUAAGACAAACAAAUAGGGUAAAAGCGGGUGGAUUUCUGGGCCCCAGAAACACGCGUAGAACGCGGCUUCUGCGCAUCGUAUUUAAAUUUACGCGUGCGACCAGAACAAGCAAGUCGAUCAUCAGAGUCCGAGGAUGGAUCCUCCCGAUCUUAAGAACGCCUCGGAGAUCAAGGAAGAACUUUCCACGGAGGAGUCCGGCAGCUGGACGAUUCUGGGGAAGCGGUCAACGAGCGAGGAUGGCAGCGGUGUGCAAAUCGUGGACUAUGAUUCCGAAAAGGAAGACCAGGAACCGGCCGUGGUGGACCAAGCCGAAAUCUCCUCCAAAAGUCGAUGGAAUGCCGAAUCGCAGCUGGAUGAAUCAUCGGAUGGUAUAAGCGUUAUCAGCGAGAGCGAUAUAGUGAGUGGCGAUAAAAUCGUCGACCAGGAAGACGACCCGACCCCCACGCUACACUUCACUGAAAACCUGAAUCUAAGCAGCACCUACGAACCCCUAACGCCUCCAUACACCCCGACCAGCGCGAGUACGUCGCCCAAGGAGUUUAAGGAGAAUGCCCUGCAGGUUCAGAAAACAGGAGACGAGAACGCACUAGAGCGCAUUCAAUCCGUCGUACCACGGUCCCUCGAGCCGGUUAGCAACGUGAAAUGGAUCGUGUUUAGCGUGCUGGCUACUGCGAUGGCCGCUGUUAUUCUGGGCAAUUCGAUGCGCUUGAAGGGUCGUGUGGAUGAAAUCAAUUUUGAGCACGAGAAGCGCAUUUCGGAGUUGGAGCUCGAGAACAACAUCUUGAAGCAGGAAAUGAACAAACUGCGCCACAUGUACACACGGUCCGAACUGGAUGAGCAAGUUCAGCGGGCUGAAUUUGAAUGGCAGGAAAGGUUACGGAACAGUGAGCCUGCCGACCUAGCUUCAGAGGAUGCUGCACCACAACCGGAGGUCCGACCGCAAAGCGAACCGAUUCGAAAAGUACCGCCACAAGAUACGGGAGUCAAGAGGAAGGUCGUGUGGUCGGGCGACGAAGAGGAACCUAUGCUAAUCGUGGACAAGGACUUUGUGUUACCUGCCUUCUGCUACAACCAGGAUCGGGCCGUGCAGGACGAUCUGUUCUUCGAGUACAGUGCAAAGUACUGUGACGUUAAGAAACGUAAGAUCGAGGCAAAGCAGAAAAAGGCGGAAUUCAAAGAGAAGCAUCAGCCCAAACAAGAUAAUUACAAUAAGUACAUCAACAUCAAGCCCAACCAACAGCAACCAAACGAUGCCAAUGCCGGGGAUAACGGUCGUCUAGCAUCGCCUUUCAACAUCGACUACCAGAAGGCAUUCGAUGCGAUCAAAGCCGAGGGUAGCGUUAUUGUGGAAGCUCUAGGUAGCAUACUGGAUCUUUCGCCAGAACCCGAACCAAUGUUGUCGGCGAAGAUAGUCGAAAGUGUUGAGCCUCCUGUCGAGACGAUCACCACCAUUCCCGAUAUGCCACAACCUAAGUCACCCGGCACUUCCGAAGGUGAUCAUCGGCCACAAGAUGCGCGUGAAUACCAAAAACCAGCAAAACCGGGCCACGAUGAGAGGAGGGAGGAUUACCGCAAGAAAGAGGAACAACAACGUAAAUCCAGAGAAUAUGGUGGAGAGCGUGAAAAAUAUUACCAAAAGGAGGAAAAAGGAAAGGGAAAGGGAGACGGUCGUAAGGAGGAUGGAUAUGAUAAGAGGAAACAAAAGUACGAAAACAAUGGCCAGAAACGGUAUCACGGCAGUGGUGAGGAGCAUUCAGGAGAGCAGGAGAGAAGAAAAAUGCAUCAAAAUGGUAAAUCUAACGAGCAGCAUUACAAAAAGCGGUCGCAUGAUAAAGAUGAUCACGAUAAGGAUUACCGUAAAAAGUUCGACGGCGAGAAGCACGGUGACCAUGGUAGUGGCAGGCAUGGAAGUGGAGAACACUACCGUCGAAAGCACUGGGAAUCGGAGGAAGGAUCGUAUCUUGAGCAAUACAAACGGGACGAGUAUCGCAAGGACAAACGAUUCGAUCGUGACGAAGAACGCUAUCACCAGCAGAAGAAGCACGACGACGAUUGGAAUGGCAAAAGGUAUAAAGGGCGAGAGGAAUACCGGGGAAAACGGGAGGGCGAGCGUGGUUCCGGCCACUGGCAGGAGCGUAUGAAAGAUGGUCGACAGGAGGCCAGAGAUAGUCAGCGGAGGAAGGCUGAAAAGGAAAGUAACUGGUACUUGGAGCGGGCGAAUCAGCGGGAAGAGGAUCGUAUCUUUCAGCAAACAUAGAACUAGUACUUUGUAGCUAAUGGUAUCCGCUUUAUCUGAGUGUUUUAAGCACUUCCCCCCAAAUGUCUACGCUUUCCUGUGUAGAGUCUUAAGUAACUGAGUGCAACAAUAAACGUAUGUGAUAUAACAAUUCAG